CAGAUUAUUUUUUAGACAUACAAACAUGGUGGAUAAAAAUGACAAACUAGACCGACAAAUCAUACAAAAUGGAAAAACACCCGGGUUGACUUUGGAGGCUCCAUCUCUAUAUAGAGUAGGGGUGGGCAAUCGGUUCGGUAAACCGAACCAAACCGAAAUCGAAUUAAACCGAACCGAAAUUGAAUUAAUGCUAUUUGGUUCGGAAUUCGGAAGGCAAAUAUGGAUAGUUCGGAAAUCAGGGUUCUUUCAACUGAACCGAAUUUCCGACCGAAAAACUGAAAUACUAUAAUUGCAAGCUCCAAAUGGUGGAUGUUUAUGUUUGUAGUAGUUUUUAGACUUAAAUAUUUGAAAUGUUUUAUGACUUGUGUGUUGAAAAGUUUGAUUUUAUCAUUGAUGUUGCAUAUAAUUGCAUAUUUAUUGUUCAUAUUAGGGGUGAAAAAUCAAUUAAAAGUGAGAAGAUACAAGUAGCUUCACAAUUUCAGUUUUGUAUGAAAAACCGAACCGAAUUAUAAUUCAGUUUAAACUGACCGAACCAAAUUAUAAUUCGGUUUAAACCGAUCCAACUGAAUUAUAAUUCGGUUCGAAUUCGGUUUGAGGUUUGGGAGAAUUCGGGGACCCGAUAUUCAUAAUUUCGGUUCGGUCGAAACCGAAGCGACCGAAUGCCCACCCCCUAAUAUAGAGGAGUUUCAUCCAAAAGUCAACCAGAUUGUUUUUUACAUAAAAAAUAUUACAAACAUGGUGCACAAAAAUAACAAAGCUUACAAACUUUACAAACAUUACUGAAGAAACCGACAAACAUUACAAAGCAUACUAACAUUACAAAAUAACACUACUUACAAUACAAAUCGGUAAAUUGUAUUACAAAUCAAUGAAUACAAAGUAUACAAAUCAUAAAAUAAAAGUAUACAAACUAGAGCAACAAAUAUUAUAAAUCAAAAUAUAUACAAAUUAGUCAUGUAAACAUUACAAACACAAUAGACAAAAAUAACAAACUAGAUGAUAAAUGAUGCAAACCGAAUUGAUAUAAACAUUACAAACUGAACUGAUAAACAUUACAAAAUAAGUCGACAAACAUCACGAAUCUAUCACUGUCGUUGGAAAAUCCGACUUUGCCGGCUCUGAUCGCCGAACUCCUACGUCGUCGCUGGAAAACCCACUGAAAAAGCACCAAAUGAGUAAAAUCAAUAAGUAGCCAUAGCACCUCCACGACAUUGCUUUUCAGUUGCUUCUAUCUCCACCAUCAUUUAAUGGUUAAACAAAAUAAUCUAAAUAGUCAAGGAGAAAAAGAUAGUUAUUAGGGUAUGGAGAAAGAACAUGGAAAGGAGCGAAGAACGACUGAAAUAGACCUGAAACACAAUAAGGAAAUGUUGGCAGAUAAGUUUGUGUACCCACUUGGCCAUUUCCAUCUUUUUUUUUUUAUGGGCAAUAUCAAAAAUUUUAUUGAAGUUCUAUGUGCCUCCUCUUAAAACAGAGGAUGAACACAUCUGGAUCUUUACAACAACAUUAGGAUUACUGCUUCUAGUCUACUACAUUUACACAGCUAACUACAAUACCAGAAACUAUCCUAACCACUUCUGUUACUGACUAAAAAUCACCCUGCAAUCAGCAUCCAGAGCUGCAUUGCCAUGUCUAGCCAGCUCGACUGUUCUGCGCACUUCCCUUACCAACUCCCCAGACUGCACAGCUAUACUUCCAUACAAUCGUCCACAACGUUCCCUCCAAAUCAAACUCACCAUUAAGUUCCAAACCAAUCGUCCUACCAUGGCCAUCACCAUUAAAUUUUCUUACUGCCCAGUCCAAGUAAUUAUCAUAUCCAGUUACCUGAGGGCAACUCAAGUUCACAUUUCCAUCUUCCUUCAUCUCUAAACCUUUACUUUUUUGCUCUUCCUUUGCCCAUGAACCACAUGACGCAAUCUAGUUACUCUUGAAGCUAUUCUAUCAAAUACAAACAAACAAAAAACAUCUUUGGUUCAGUAAACUCAGGCAGAGUGUCAAGUACAUGAAGCAAUGAUAACCGCAAUCUGCUUAAACCUUCCAAAUGGCUUAGAAUGGAUUAAGCUACAACAUUAUGAAAAUCGAAGAAAAGCUAAGGCUCAUGAGAGCAAGACAGAGCCAUAAUCCUCAGUCCAUAGGCAGAAAAUUAAUAAGAAUAAUCCUAAGACAUAACUGAACUAAAUAAUUAGACAGCAUUUAGCAAAUAAUAAUUGCCCUUUAGAUAAAGCAAAGAUGCCCUCGCCACAGGCAUAAUCAUCAUCGUAUCAUCAUCUCACCCGACACUGUAGGACGCGACAACGAAGAUACGAAAACCUUAUCCCAAAGUGCAGCACGUACUAACGCAGCAUGAACAACAAAGAGUAAAUUCUGCAACUUUUUCAAAGGAUAAAGAGAAUGGUAUUGUUACUGAUAACUACUGUUCAAGCUAUUAAUCCAUAGCAGAGCAAACAUUAUGCUCAUCCCAACUUAAACAACACCCUGGACCAAACCAAACACCAAAAGAUUGCAGAGUGGAACACUAAUGUUAAAGUAAAUAGCUUACCACAACUAUCCGCAAAUACUAUAAAGAGGAAGACAAUUACCUAAUGUAGAUGCUCCCAUUCAUUGAAGAGGCCUAAGUGGAGAUGAUUUUCCUUCCCAAAGAAGAAAUAAUAGCUGGAGAGACAGAAUAGCAGAUUCAUAAACCAGUAAAAGCAUAUAGAAAUAAUUGAAAGAUAGAACAACGUAGGGAAAAUUUUACAUUAUGAUUCAUCUACUUCUACAUGGCUUGAUUUUGGCCAACAGCUCACUAAACUAGUCCGGUCGUUUUUAUGGGAAUUCAAUGGUGAAGGAGCUGUCGUUUUGGGUCGGUCUUGGUCUCCCUAAUAAUAUCGACAGUAAUUUCUGUGUGCUUCGAGUGAUGCGAUGUUUAUGGAUUCCUUGGGACGAUUUUGGGCCCAUGGGCUGUGACCUUGAUAAAGUUACGACCAAGUGGGCUCCCGUUUGCACCUCUUAUUGGACUUCAGUUUCUGCUCACUUUAGUCCUGCACUCGGUCACGUUUAAAUGGAAGCAUACACUUUCCCCUAGAUUUCCAUCUCUCAUUUAGGGUGUGCUAUGCUGGUUGGUAUGUAUCAGACCGCAUCGAAUAAAAUCAAUGCUUGGAUCGGAUCAUAUCAAAUUGAAUAUAACGUGGUUCGACCCUUGUUUUUAUCUAUUUUAUAAAUAGUAAUGAAGGAUCAUAGACCGAACCAAAGCAAACCGAACACAUUAUUGGUCUGGACCUUAAUUCUAAGAUGUCGUUCACAAAAAUCCCGAAAUCUCUUAUCCCUAUCUUCUCCUGAAAUCUAUGAUCUCUAUCUUCUUCGUUCUUCUCCUUCUAAUACCACCGUCACCGCAACUGCCAUUGCCGUAGGUGCUGGCGUUCAGGCUUAUCUGCAUGCUCCACCCCGUAAUCACGAUUACGAGCGGGACUCUCAUGGUAUUCAACAUGUAAGGAGAUUUACAUUUUCACGCACGGGGCCCAGACGGCGGCGAAGUUGAAGGGGUAUACGCCGGAGGACCAGAUCUUGAUUGUGGAUGCUUUGUCUUGGGACGGUCUUUGGCAGACAUUGGGGCAGAGGUUUGUUAGCUUCAGUUAGCUGGGUAACCGUACUUAAUCAACUCUAGUUACUCGGUUAACCGAAGACCCCCUCUCCUUUGUCGACCACCGAUCAAAGCUCCUAACCUGUCGAUUUUUGGUUAGCCGCUAACCGAAGCUUAUCGGUUAAAACCUCUGGUUAGUCGCUAACCAAAAACCGGCCAGCCACCCAUAUGUAUAUUCGAAACUUUUCAAAUUUAGUGUAAUGCUUAAUUUCCUAUUAUAUAAAGGUGACAUCAAAAUAUUUUUAAAAUUUUUUAAACAGGUAACUUUUAUCAAUGAUCAAACAUUGUAUUCUUAAUGGUUAUAAUUAUUAUAAAUAUCGUUCACGACAUGUAUUUUAAUAACUUGUCACAUAGUACUUGAUCGUGCGUGCAUGAUUGACCUUUAAAUUUAUAAGUCGAUGCACCCUCUCUAUUCAAUCCUAACUAAGCCAAGCAUAACCUAACUAGGGUUGUAGUAAAGUGACUUGCUCGUAUUUCAAGAGAACCCUUAGCUUACUAUUACUUCGCUCCUACUAUCUCAUCGUAUUGGAAGGUUGGGUGUUUAAACUAAUCUAAUCUACUCCUAGAGGCAAAAUAAACAACCAACCAAGUGGUUUAAAGCCAUAUAUCCAGAAAAGUAAUUUUAUGAUACUAAAUUUUAAAAUAUAUUAAAUUUAUGGUGCCUUCUACGGUAUCCCAGGUGAAAUUCGGGGUACCGAAUAACUUGAGUAUGAAAACGCUAUCUAGACCUUGAAUUAGCAGGAUUUUUGGGCAUGAUAUUAUUCCCUAACCCUUAAUAAGUGAACCCUAGGUCCUAGUUAUCUAAAUCGUAAACUAUAAACCCUAAGAUGGUGCAUUGAUUUUUUUGCAUAUAUUUGGACGAAUCAUAACCGUCGAUUAUUGAUCUAAUUAAAUUGAUCUUAGAGUAUAAGAUUUAAAGAAUUAAGACCUAGAUUUUGAUCUUAAAGGGUUAGAGUAUAGUAUCAUCAAUCAUGUCCGAAAGAUCAGUCAAUUCAAGUUCUGGAUAGUGUUUUAUUACUCAAGGUACGCGGUACCCCGGAUUUCACCCUGGGUACCGUAUAACUCCCUAAAUUUAGAUAAAAAAAAUUAUAAUUUGAAUAUGAAUACAAAAUCAAAAUUCAU